GUCUCAGGGAGGAGUAAGAGAGACUUAGUAGGGAGGCAAUGUACACUCAUCGGCGUUAUUAGACACUGCCAAUCCACUUCGGUGUGCACAGACAAGGCAAGCGAAAACAAAGAACACUCACAUUUAGUUAUUUCUUAAGGUUUUGCGAAAGCUACAAGUUUAGGAGGUGUCAGGAAUAAGUGAAAUAAAUAUUGAAGGGUUUCCACGGGGAUUUCACCCCGUGUCCCGACUUCGAAGCCUACGUCGAUUUGACACCCGAAACGCAUUGUGCAAAAUUACGGACUAAAAACUGGGAAAGGUCCGAAAUAGCUGUCGACAGUUCUAUCAUCCUACACAAUGAAGAAGAACAAUUCUGCCAAACGGGGGCCGCAGGACACAAACCAGCACCCUACCCAGCCUGACAAAAUCGGAUGGCUCCGCAAGUUUUGUGGAAAAGGAAUAUUUAGAGAGAUCUGGAAAAAUCGCUUUGUGAUACUGAAAGGGGAGCAACUUUAUAUCUCAGAAAAAGAGGUGAAGGAUGAGAAGAAGACCCAGGAAAUGGUGGACUUGACAGACUACGAGCGCUCCGAGGAGCUGAGGAAGGCCAAAAGCCGCAGCAAGAAGAACCACAGCAAGUUCACUCUGCUGAGGUCCAGGACGCCAGGGAACAAGGUUCCAAACCUCGUAUUCCUGGCUGUCAGUCCAGAGGAGAAGGAGUCAUGGAUCAAUGCCUUAAAUGCAGCCAUAACCAGAGCCAAGAACCACAUUCUCGAUGAGGUUACGGUUGAGGAUGACAACCAUCUGUCCCAUCUCACGCGGGACCGGGCGAAGAUCCCUCACACACGGCGUCUGCCUACUCGAGGUCACAUCAUGGCUGUGGCAUCCCAGUCGUCCUCGGAUGGCAUGCUGACGCUGGACCUCAUCCAGGAGGAGGACGGCUCCUCGCCAGAGGUCGGGGGCAUCUGCGACAGACCCUUCCGCGUCGACAAGGACAAAUUGCACCUCACCCCCGACUGUCCCAGGUCCAAAACCGACGGUGCCCUCUCCGCCAUGACCGCGUCCGAGGCCUCUGGGAAGUCCCACAGCCUGCCUCGCGAGACAGGGGCGGCGUGGGAACACAAGCAGCGAGGGGAGGAACGCGGAGGGGCGGAGAAGCCCUCCCUCCACACCCCCCAGCCGGGUAAGAGGCUGACACCGGCCGAGAAGAGCCGGUGUGCCUCCAUGGACGAGAUCUUGUCGCACUCAGAGACGCGGGCCACCAAGCCAAAGAAUACCGGGAUGCCUCAUUCUCCGGCGCCUACAGGAAGCUUGGUCCCCAUCAGCCAGCUCCAGGACCUCAUUUCCCAAAAACUGGAGAAAACUCAGGAGCUGCUGACAGAGGUGCGAGCCAUCCAGAGCGAGGAGGACUCGGCAGAGCGAGGGAAGGCCAAGGGGAAGGACUCACCCACCGGCUCGAAGGGCUCGUCCGGGGACGCCCGUGCCGAGGCGGAGAGGCUUCUGAAAGAAGCUGCGUCCACGUGGGGCCAGGCCAAGGAUGUCCUGGAGGAGGUGAAAGAGCUGAGGGCGCUGUAUCGCCAGCUGGACUCACCGACGAGCACUGCCAACGGCACGCCCUCCUCCCUCUCGCCUCACACGCCAUCACACAGCGCCAAGCAAACUCCCUACAGGAAGAGCCUGAUGUGACGGCCAGAUUGCUGAAAGACUCUGAACAUGAGCUGAUGUGAAAAGGACAAAUCCUGCAGCAAAAAAACUAAACAUAAAAAAACAUAAAUCAUGCAAAGCCACAAAAUUGUAAAGAAUGUCUGUUGUUUUCUACCCCUUCUCUGUCUUACUGUUUCAUUUUACUGAUGCUGGGACUUUGCAAGGACUCUCGUUUCUCUAAGUAACUGGUGUGCCCGUACACUUUGUGAAGGGUAUAGAAUAGAAUUUAAGGAUAAGGUAAACACUGCAUAGGUUUGUAGGGCUGUCAGUUCAUGCAGAUGUAUGGUAGGGACAUGGUAAAGAAUGGCCACUGGUGUCAAUAAAUAAGUGGUGGUCAGAACUGACAGUGGUAAAUACUGGAUGCUAGUAAAGACGGCUUGUCCUACGAAUGGUUAUGCUAACGUUACCAUAAAGAGAGUAAAUGCUAUUCUUAAGGUGAUCAUUAGUGCUCAUAUUCAACUCAGUAGUUGGUUCGGAAGCCCAGAAACAAGGGUGUUGAGGGAGUCUGGAGUUGGGACACAGUAACCACCCCUCCUUGUAGUCCUCCUACGUGUCCCAGUCCUGUUGGAAUGUGAAUGUUUUUCUUUUUGGGGUUUCAUAACGAUCUAGAACCUCCAUUAGAUCCUACAGGUUCCCUAAAGUCAACAGCGGCCACAGCAGUGUCUUAGCUAGCAUCUUCCACUUCCAGUGAUGGCUUAAUACACUGGUGCUCCUAGAAAAAUAGCUAAAUAGCCUCACUUUGAACGUUUCCUGAAGUCUGUGACCCAGAAGAACUUAAUGAUAUUGUAUUUUUGUCUAUUAACUGAAAGGUACGCAAAAGGUAGCUUUUCUGUCCUGUCGCCUAUUUUUCUGUCAUGUUCAUGUAAAACUUCUGUGAAAAGAAUUAAAGAGUGAGGACCACUUGCACCUUGCUUGUGGUCCUCACAGCCAUUCAUCUCAACUACUCAUGAAGACUUGAGCCAAGAUGGCGUCCAUUGGCAUGAGUAACUUCAGUGGCUGGUAAGAAGUAGGAUAUGAUGAUUGGAUGCGGUACUGAAAAGAAGCAACAGAUAAUGAAGUACAGUAAUAAUAACAUUGCACUAUACAAAAGAAGUCAAAAAAGACAAUAUGGUUGGCAAAUAAGAAGUCUUUCUAUUCAUAAAGACAAUCUAACUUGUAAGGGUUUACAGGCUGUACAGUUUUUUAAAUUGUUAUACCGAAGAUGGUUCUUCCUGCUUUGAAAAUGAACGCCUCAACCAAUCAAAUAAAGUGGAAUCUCAACUUUCCUUGAUUGCCAGUUCAACUCUGCUUGUUUUACAGUCAGUAGCUAGGUAUGGA